CUCGUUGCCUGAGCUUGUGGCGAAGCGAGAGAGCAAGGAAACGACGACGUCGACGACGACGACGACGACGACAAGAAGUAGUCGUUUACAGUUAUAGUCAGUCCGGAUCGGGCGCUCGGUCAGCCGGGACCUAAAAUUCGUCGCUCGGCCCAUAUCAAAACACUCAAUUUUCACUUUUUUUCGCGUGUGCUCGUGCGUGCAAGUGCGCGUUUACCUCAUCGGUUCGCCUUUCCUCGAAAAAUUCCCACGCGAAUUCAUCUUUGUCGCUCCAAUCAACGCGACGAGAAAUAAAGAAUAAACUUCAACGCAAACACGUCACUUUGGACGUUUUAAACUCACGGAACUGGGGAAAUAACCAAGCAUCGUUUCCUCGCACUUCCGCAACCCUCUUCAAAUCGACGAGUAUAUAAAAAUUAACGUGAUUUUAUUUUGUGAAGUGAUUCAGUUAUCCAAUGAGAAUUUAUUCUCGUGAUUUUUGUUUUGUUUUAUCGUCCAACGAAUUCUCGCUUCCCAAGAUCUUUCGAUCGAUCCAACGUGGCACCAUCUCCUCGGGAGGAAAGAAACGAUUAAAUGUAGCAUAGUCAUGUAUCGGGAGGAAGUUUCGUGCAGAAAACAUUGAGCAACGAAAGUGCAAGAAAGAGGAUCGUAUUUGUCAAAAUAAAGGAGAAACGCGUCGAUAACGGAAGAAGAAAUAAAUUCGAUUGUCUCGAAAGAAGAGAUGCAGCCAAUCUCGUACCUCGUGGAUAAACGUCGGUACAAAUCUCAAGAAAUUCGACGCGUCAAUAAAGAUUGUGAUAAAAUGAUAUGAUGCUGAAAGAGAGAAAAAAGAAAAAGAGAGAGAAAGAAGGAGAAUAUUGACCAAUUAAAUCAUUUACGUGCCAAGAUUGAAUUUUUUCAAUAACAAGAAAUAACGAAACUCGCACAUAAACAUAUAAAUUUAUAUAUUUUUAUGUGAAUUUAUGUAUUCGUUGAAUACAUAAUUUAAAAUUUUUAGUGACUUAAAUAAGUGAGACUAAGUGCAGCUGCUGUGGAAAGUAAUACUUCCGGGUAAAAAAAUAAGAGAAAACACAUUGUUUUAAAUACUUGUCAUAACAUUUUGACGAAUAGUAAAAUUCAAAAUUUUUUUCAUUAUAACGCGGGUGCGUGCGCGUGUGACUGUAUAAUUGGAGCAAUUAGAAAAAACCGUGACACCACAAAAAUAUCAAGAAUUCGAGCUAAUCGAUCGAAAUUCAACGAAGUGGAUUAAAACUCUCGUACUGAUUGCUGUCGAAUUCGUAUCGUGAAGUGUGUACCUUCGAAAUAUUACUACGUUGGUGCGCUGCAGCAGAAACCUUCAUCGUUGCAAACUGUUUUGUUUUUUUUUUUUUCACGUCAUUUGGAUACCCAGGAAAUUUCGUCAAUCGAGAUAAUCGGGCGCGCGUGAGAUAAGCACGCUGCCGCAUACGCUCGAAUUUUCUGCAUGAUAAUGCGUAGCUUGGAGAGACUCUCAGGGAGCGAUCAGGAUUGUGUCGAUCAAGAGAUGUACAUCGAUCUCGACGACGCCUCGGGGGACUCGUUAACGGGAAAACGAGGUCGGCAUCAUGCCGUCAGUGGGGAGGUGGGAGAGGAGAGUGACAGUAGCGGAAGUGAGAGAAGCCCGAAGCAGGCGAAGAGAAGAAAUCGCGGGGGACCACCUACUACGAGAAGACGGAAGAGUGGAAUUUCCGCACGUGAGAGAAAUCUCAGGAGACUCGAGAGCAACGAACGGGAACGAAUGAGAAUGCACUCACUCAACGACGCGUUCGAGCAACUGAGAGAGGUCAUACCACACGUUAAAAUGGAGAGGAAACUCAGCAAAAUCGAAACACUAACACUCGCCAAGAAUUACAUAAUGGCGCUGACGAAUGUCAUUUGCGAAAUGAGAGGGGAGGAGCAGCCUUACACAUUUGUUGACGGAGAAUGUGGAUCGAGCAGUGGGGAUAGUACGGGACAAUUGGAGUUGAGUGGCGGUGAACAGCCUGAAGAAGAAUCACCAGCCUCGAUGCACGAAACAAAUAACAACAGCCUUUUGCACGAGGAUCUCGAACGCAGGAUACCUUAGUUUCCGUUUUCUUUUCUCUUUUUUUUUAUUCCAUUUCUCUUGUUUUGCUACGCACUCCAUACGAAUUUUCUAUAUAUCAAUAAAUGAAUAAAUCCAUACAUCCAUUUGCCGUACGUAUAUGGAAAGAAAGAAAAUAUAUGCUUGAACACAAAAAUCGUUAUUAUAUCAAUGUCUAUAAAGAGAAUGCUAAUGAAAUAUCGUAAUGAAAAUUCAUUGGGGAAUAGUCCGUAGACGAAACGAGAAACGGGGAAAUAAAAAAGAAAAUAACGAAAAGUUCAAUUUCCUUGGAUUCGAUCCAUUUUGAGACUGUUCCACAAUAAUCGUCGAGAAUCAUUUUGCCAUAAAGAGAAGAAGAAAAAAGAACUAUCGAUCGACAGAUGUUACAUUAGCAACGGAAGUAAACAAAUCGGCGCGUAGCCAGUGAAUAUAAGAAAACAAAUCGAAGAUUCGUCGAAAGUUUAAAAGGAGGAAGAAAAUAAGAAAAAAAGAGAAAAACAAAAAAACAAAAACAAUGGCGGCAGGAACGAGAGUUUUAACGAAGAGAAACAAAGAGAGUAUUGAGUGGUGAAAAAUGCAACGAAAAAUAAUAUAAAGUCGAUCCGGGAUGGAGGGCGGUAAUGCGGAAAGGAAUCAUAAAACGAAAUAAGAAGUGCGUUUUCGAGGGACUCUCGCAAGUCAGACCUGAAUAAAAAUAAUAAUAAAUACAAACCGCGAAACUGUGAUAGAAUACUUUGUAUUAGAGAAUUUCGUCGCUGACUCACGUCUUAUUUUAUUUGUGGCUAAAUAUUUAAAGAAAAAAAAAAACAAAAAAUAAGCAAACCAAUAUAAAUAUUUAAAUGAAAGAUACGAUAAAACAACAAAAAAAAACAGAAAAAAAAGUAAACACGAGUAAAGGAAAAAGGGUGGAGAAAUCGAGCACCCCUUGCUUAAGGAUUGAUAUCGUUGUUGCUAUUAACCAUUUGUCGAAGCACUUUUGACAGUGACGUUCUCACAGUGCGCGAAAUAACAACCGCGGGAGAACUACACGAUGAGAGAAAUAGAGAGAGAGAGAGAGAGAGAGAGAGAGAGAGAGGGAGAGAAAGAGACAGACAGAGAGACGUAAAUAAAAAAUAAAAGAGACAGAGAGAGCGAGAGAGAGGGUUACCAAUCUGGACUCUAUCGAUAUAUAUAUAUACAUACAGAUAUAUAUUUAUAAGCGAUGGAUAUAAUUUAAUUGUAAACGAAACUGAAAAAAAAAAAAAAAAAAAAAAAAAUAAGAAAAAAAGAAACGCCAAUCGACAAAUAUAUCUCAUAUGUAUUUCGCAUGUAUGUGUUUACCUUAAGAGGGAAAAAAAUGAGCUCGAUGUGUCUCGAGGUCACGAUCCAGAUAUUACAUAUUGAUAAUCUCGAUAACGACGAUAACAAAAUAUUUGUACGAUAAAUGUUUUCUUUUCUUUUUUCUUUUAAUAUUAUCUUCAGUGUUUUUGGUUUUUCUUUUUUUUUUUUUUUUUUUUUUUUUUUUAAUUCUUAUUUAAAACAGCAAAGAUCGCGAAUGAACAUUGAAAUAAAGAAUUUCUCGUGGUUCUCUUGAAAAUGCACGAUGAAUAAUAAUAAUGCUAAUGCUUUUUGGAUCACGAUGCAAUACUCGACUACGUGGAGCAUCGUGCAACGCUCAAUUUCCAGUCGAAACGAAAGACUUUUCACAUUGUAAUGCGCACGUUUCGUCGCCACUGGAAAUAUUCGAAGAUGGAUUCAUUCGUUUUUUCAUUCAUUCUUUUGGAAGAAUACGCGGUUCUCAGUUGGUCACAAGGUUGACGAGAUGAAUAACGAAUUGAGAAAAAAAAUGACACGGUUUAUUUAUAUCGAUUUAUCACAAUAAUCGACUUCAAAACAUUUUAGAGACAUUAAUUUUUGAAAGUAUCGGACGUUUUUUAUAUCUCGGAAUAACCCCUUAAACAAAUUUUAAAAAAUGAACUAUUGUUUAAAUCACGAAUUAGAUCUGAAUUCAUUGAAAUUUCUCAGACAAGAGGAAAAUUAAUUAUAAAUAAAUUUAUAUAUUUUGUGCAAUUUUAAAUCUCGCGCGCGCGCGCGUGUGUGUGUGUGUGUGUGUGUGUGUUUUCACUUUCGUGAUAACUCUGGAAAUGCAAUGCUUUUCAGUAAAGUGCACAUCGGAGAGUCUUUAUCAAUUAACUCUGAUCCAUCUUCGAAAUAUUUUCAUAAUUACCGAAGGAAUAAGCAUUUUUUGUUGUAAGAAGAAAAAAUAAUUUAAUCCGAGUUGAUUUUCAAGACAUUCCACAAAGCAUUUUUGAGAGUUCAUUUUCAUCGGUAGGAAACGCGAUCGUCGUCGAUGAACGAGAAAGCAUAGAAAGAGAGAGAGAGAGAGAAAAAGGGAGGCAGCAAGAUGCAUAAAAAGCGGGCUUACUGAAAUAAAAAAAAAGUCCCGUGAGAUUCACUUAAGAUGGUUGUGAUUAUUUACUUAAAACUGCUAUCACUUUCUCUCUCACGUGUGUUAGUGUUGUAUAAGUCUUUUCUUCGUUAUUAGUUGUACAGUAGAAGAUCGAUUAAAUAGAUCGUCGGGCGGAAAAGAAAAUUUUCAAUCUGCAAGAAACGAGAAAACACGAUUCCCGCGUAAAGGAAUGCGGCGAGUCCUAAAUUUCAAUCGUCAUUUUCAAGAAUUGGCGUCGUUACUCAGCCCUGUAUUUGUACGAAAAAAAUUUUCCAUUAUCACGUUAAGAUACAUGAAAAAAUCAGCAAUCGAGGUUCAAAUACUUUUUUUCAAACGGGCAUGCGAAUCUACCGUCCAUCGAAAAAAUUCAUCCGCAUUCUUUGACGAAAUAUUCAACUUUUUUUUGUAUAUCGUCAAUUAUUUGGGGGAAAAAAAAUAAAAAAAAAAAAAAAAAAGCACGCAAAGACAAAACGAAAGUAAUAUAAUUUGACGUUCCAUGUGUACACUUGAUUAGUUUACGAUUAAUAUGAGAAAAUGUAUAUUUACGACGAAUUCAGCGUUUCUACGUACACACGCAUAAUAUAUAAAUAUACAUAUAUCUAUAUAUUUACGAUAUAUAAAUGUAUAUGCAGAAUCAUCGCCUACAUAUAUUUUAUGAGCAUAAAUAUAAGUUUUAUAAGUGACCAUAUAAAAAUACAUAUAUAUUUUUUUUCUUUUGAACGGGAUAUUCCGGAGGCAAGUGCCUGAGCUUUUGUACGAGAGAUAUGAUGAAACGUAGUCAAAAGCAUUCCCGCUAUUAUACCGGAACGCCCCACGUGUCGACCAAACACGCAGAAGAUCGAGAGAAAGAUAAAUAAAGGAAGAACCGUAGAGUGACGCAAUUGAAAUAUGCCCGUGACGAAAAUUGUAUAUAUUUUUCAAAAGUAUAUGAUUGUAAACGAGAAAACAUAAUAUAUGCUAUAUAUGUCGUUCGCACGUCGAACCUAAGUGGAGAAAAAAACAAAAA